AUGGCACAUGCACAGAAAGCUGGAUUCGACUAUGAAAAUAUUGACUCUACAUUAAGAAUGGCAGCUCACCAAGAGCAAGUAAAUAAAAGAGUGUUAUCAGAAUACAUAAGGAUCGUUGGUGUGCCAAACAUUGAAAAAAUGGGAAUACGAGAACUAGUGAAGAAGUUUCUAAAUGAAAUAAAAGAUACACAACCUUUAACCUGGCCUACAUCGACUGGAAACAAUAUCGGUACCAGUUCUUUUAGGGUUAAGAUGUCCGACUCUUUUUGGCAAUACUUCUUAAAUGAAGGAAGAAAGAGGCUAAUGGAAUUCAAUCGAAGGGAAAGGAGUAAUGUUAGAGUGCUACGGGAUCAAACCAUUCCAAUAACCGAUCUGGAAAAUCUAAGCCUUUACAUGCGAAAGAAAAUAAGACUUUACUAUCAGUCCAAAAAAGGAAUCCCUCCUGAGAUGUCGGUUAAAAAUGGAUUUAUCACAAUAACUUCCAGUAAUGGAGAAAAAAAGAGGAUGAGAGCGACUGAGCUGGCGAUAGUAUUAGGAUGGGAGUACAACGAUUGGCAAGGAAUAUGCAUAAGAAAGCUAAUGACAAAUACCGAAAAGAAGAAUCUAGCGGACGGUAAACUUACUUGGGGAUCCAUGUCUAUCGAGGAGUUUAAAGCCAUAGAAUGCUACGAUAAGGUGGCUGAAGACACAGAAAAGGAAUUGUCUGCAAGUACGGAGGUUGCUAAUACGGAUAAAGUCAGAAAACGUGCUCUAGCUAAAACUGUUGAAGAAGACGAGAAUUUACCACCUAAACCCAAGCAGAAAAUCUAUAUUGAAGAAUAG